UAUAAAAAUGAAUAAAAAGAGGGUUAUUUAAUGGAAGUUAGUUUGGGAUAAUAGAGAGCAGAAAGGGGUAGUUGGAUGGCGGUGCGCUUGGGUUUCAGAGGCUGAAACGGUGGCGUUUGGCAUUGGCAUUGGCAAUCAGAAUGAAGAAUGAGGAAGAGUUGAGCAGCAGAGAGAUGGAGUGCAUGAGGAGACACCACCACCGUGUGCCGGCGGAGAAUCAGUGCUCCUCUGCUCUCGUUAAGCAUAUAAAAGCCCCGCUUCCUCUCGUGUGGUCUUUGGUCAGGAAAUUCGAUGAGCCUCAGAAGUAUAAGCCGUUUGUGAGGCGCUGCGUUGUGAAGGGAAACCUUGAGAUUGGCAGUCUCAGAGAGGUUGAUGUCAAGUCUGGCCUUCCAGCGACCACCAGCACUGAACGGUUGGAGAUUCUUGAUGACAAUCAUCACAUCCUUAGCGUCAGGAUUAUUGGCGGUGAUCAUAGACUCAAAAAUUACUCGUCCAUCAUGUCCCUCCACCCAGAAAUUGUUGAUGGGAGGCCAGGUACCCUGGUAAUUGAAUCAUUUGUGGUGGAUGUACCUGAAGGGAACACCAAGGACGAGACAUGCUACUUCGUUGAAGCCUUGAUCAAAUGCAAUCUGAAAUCACUUGCUGGUGUCUCAGAAGGGCUUGCUGUGCAGGACCACACUGAACCAAUUGAUCGGAUGCAUGAGAUGUUUAUAAAAAGUGGCUAACAACUUGGCUGCCAUGGAUGAAGCUUCAGCCACUUUCCAAUCUUGGAGGCUUAGGAGACGGACUGGCAAAGGGCAAUAGAGCUUAAUUUAGUUUCUGUUAUAGACUAUAUAGGGUAGUAGGGUUCUUCAUUUCAUUUGCUUUUAUCUAUCUUUCUUAUAGAGAUAUCAUAAUGUUGCUUUCUAUCUUUAGUAGUUAAGGAACAGAAUGUUUCCAGUGCAGUAAAAGGUAAAGGUAAUCUGCAUGUUAAUAGGUUAUGUUCUUUCUGAAUAUAGGUGUUGGUCAAAGUUGAUCUGAAAAUUUGUUUCAAUUUGUAAACUUGUAGUUUCUAGUUGCAGUAAAAUUUUAGCUUAUAGCGGA